AUGCAGCGGCUUCUUGUCCGAAGGCUCUCCUCAGUGACCACUCAGGGGAGGAGAGGAUGCAGCUCAUCCCGUUCGACCGCCGCCGAGAUCAAUGGUGGCGCCGACGCCGUGGUCCCUGAAAUUCCUCCGUUCGACUACGCUCCUCCCCGAUACGACGGCCCCCGGGCGGCCGAGAUCUUGAGGAAGCGGUCCGAGUACCUCAGCCCCUCCAUGUUCUACUUCUACAAGAAGCCUCUGAACAUCGUGGACGGGAAGAUGCAGUACCUGUUCGACCAGGACGGGCGGCGCUACCUCGACGCUUUCGCCGGCAUCGCCACCGUGUGCUGCGGCCAUUGCCACCCCGACGUCGUCGACGCCGUCGUCCGCCAGACCAGCCGUCUGCAGCACUCCACCGUCGUGUAUCUGAACCACGCCAUCGCUGAUUUCGCAGAAGCGUUAGCUUCCAAGCUCCCCGGAGAUCUCAAGGUCGUCUUCUUCACCAACUCCGGCACCGAAGCGAACGAGCUCGCGCUGCUGAUAACUCGCCUGUACACCGGUUGCCAUGACAUCGUAUCAGUAAGGAAUGCGUACCAUGGGAAUGCAGCUGGAACAAUGGGGACUACGGCUCAAUAUAACUGGAAGUUCAAUGUCAUGCAGAGUGGAGUGCAUCAUGCGAUGAAUCCAGACCCAUACAGAGGAGCCUUUGGGCCGGAUGGAGAGAAGUAUGCCAGAGAUGUGCAAGAAAUCAUCGAAUUCGGGACGUCUGGUCAGGUCGCAGGUUUCAUUUCUGAAUCCAUACAGGGUGUGGGUGGGGUAGUGGAACUAGCACCAGGUUACUUGCCAGCUGUGUACGAGAGCAUAAGGAAAGCUGGUGGCCUCUGCAUAGCAGACGAAGUGCAGUCAGGAUUUGCACGCACUGGAAGUCACUUCUGGGGAUUUGAGGCCCAUGGGAUUGUACCUGACAUUGUGACAAUGGCAAAGGGUAUUGGGAACGGAAUUCCUCUUGGUGCAGUUGUCACAACACCAGAAAUAGCCCAAGUCUUGACUCGUCGGAACUACUUCAACACCUUCGGUGGCAACCCCGUGUGCACCGCUGGAGGGCUUGCUGUUCUUAGAGUUCUUGAGAAAGAAAAUCUUCAACACAACGCGUUGCUCGUUGGUUCCUACCUCAAAGGCCGACUCAAAGCCCUACAACAAAAGCACGAAAUCAUAGGCGAUGUCAGAGGAAGGGGGAUGAUGCUCGGAGUUGAACUGGUCACCGAUCGCAAGCAGAAAACCCCAGCACGAACUGAGAUCUCACAUGCCAUGGAUCAGAUGAAAGAUAUGGGAGUGUUGGUGGGCAAAGGAGGGUUUUAUGGCAAUGUGUUCAGAAUAACUCCGCCUCUCUGCUUCACCAAAGAAGAUGCCGACUUCUUCACUGAAGUGAUGGAUAUUGCAUUAUCAAAGCUCUGAGAUCUACAGACUCUAGGCUUAUGGUUUUAACUAUCCUCAGAUAUUAGCAAUAAUGUCUCUGUUGCAGGGCAGGCUAGGUUGAUUUGUGUUGUUGAGGGAAGGGAUUUUAAUGGCUCUGGUGGUAUGUAAAUAAUCCUCACUCUCUCCCUCUCUCCCUCCAGCUAUGGUGGAAUGUUUUCCUGUUUCUGAUCUAGAGGCACAUGAAAGUCCAAUAUAUAUCUGGUGGAUUCAAACCUUAUUAUGUACCUAUUAAUUUAUGGAUCAGAUUUCAUAUGGUAACUUAACCUAUUGUGAAUGAACUUAAGCUACAUGAUGAAUAUAGCUGGCAUGAGAAAUUAUCUGAAAGAAAAAUAAACAGUAAAAAGAAGGCAUCUGCUGUCUGACUGAAUAUAGCUGGUCUGACCUUUUUAUUGUUUCAAGCAGCUAAUGAUUCCAUUUACUUCAUUAGCAUUGAUGUUUCUACGUUGUGUUUACUAGAUUGUACAAGAAAAAUUAUAUCACCUAACAAUCUAUAAUAACAACAACAACAAAAUCGUAAGUCUCAACUAUUUAGGAUCGGCUACAUGGAUCUUUUAGCAUCAAAUAUGUAACAAAUCAUAUGUUUAGUUAAGUCUAGAGUACUUAAAUCUUUAUUUAUAAUUUUUAUUAAGAUCUUUUAAGAUUUUUUUUUCUAUCUCUCCUCGUGUCAUUAACAUUAAUUAUUUAACCUUUUCAUCACAUAACAAUCUAAGACAUCCGAAGGUCUCACCUCUUAGAAUCUAAGACAUCCGAAGGUCUCACCUCUUAGAUUGUUAUAUCACAUAACAAAAUAAGACAUCCGAUUGAAGUGGUUCCUGAAGUAUGAACGACAUUCAUAAAGCAAGCAGCUUGGCUGGUUACAUGUCAAUUGAUUGUAUGUAUCACAUAUAUCAGACACUCAUCACAUGUGGUUAUCCCAUAUUAUUUUGACAGGUCUAUCAAUUAGGUUAAAUAUCUAGUUUAUCCUAGAAAACUAUGCAUCAGUCAAUCAGUGGACCAC